AUGGCUGGCAGGAAAAGUCUAGUGAAAAUCUUAACAACCUGCCAGGAUAUGGCAUUCAUGCGUUUUUGGGUUCUUCCCGUUGUCAUUUUUGGUCUAUUCGUUAUAGGCCAAACGGCGAAAACGGGACAAGUGCAAGCCAGCUCCAGCAGUUGUGCGUUUCACACGCUCGACGGCGUCGCCGCCGAAAGCGAAGGUGUCCGCUUCAUCCGUCUCCGCGAAGAUGCCCAGGUGGGCAAGGAAAUCCUACGGCUACAAGCCUAUCCGCGUUCCACAGCCGCCCUGAAAGGUGCCGAUGUCAGUGGGGAUCACAAGUACUUUAACCUCACGGAACACAAUUCCACUAUGCUGGUGGUCACCCUGGCACGCUCCCUAGAACGUCUGGUGGAUCGGGAUGUACCACGGAAUCUGCUUAAGUUCCGGAUUCUCUGCGCCGGCAAACAGGAGAAACUCGAAGAGGGUAGCUACCUUUCAAUCACCGUCUACAUCGAAGAUGUGAACGACAACGCACCGGAGUUUCUCAACGUACCCUACGUUGUGGAUGUUGAUGAAAACACCUCCGUGGAAAGCAUUAUCUUCGAGGGAGUCCAAGCCUUUGAUCGCGACAAGCCGAAUACCCCGAACUCCGAGGUGCACUUCAGCAUGUCCACAGUACCAGAGCAACUCUCAGCUGAUGGGAGUCCAUACUUUGCCCUCAAAAGUCCCCAUCGACCACUGCUCAUCUUAAAGCGGGAACUGGACUUUGAUAAUGGCAUCAGGCAAUUUAAGCUGCCAAUCUUCGCCUGGGAUCGAGGAACUCCUGCCAAUCAAGCGAAUACCACGAUCACAAUCAACGUGCGGGAUGUGGAUGAUCUGCCUCCUAAGUUCACUGAAGGUGUAUAUCGUACCAGGAUUAAUGAGUUCUAUCCGAUGACGGGAGUCCCUAUAAGGAUACCCCUCUACUUCGCUCCGCCCAUAAUGGCCUUUGAUCAGGAUUCUCUGAAUGCUUCUCUUGUAUACGACAUCAUUUCGGGCAAUGAGCGUCAACUUUUCCGGGUAAAUCCCCACAAUGGGGUAAUGUAUCUUCAAAAGGAAAUCGAUCUGGAGGAGGAGAGUCUGCCGGGAAAUACAUUUGUCCUUCAGCUGGAGGCACGGCAGAAAGAUAAUCCCCUCAAGAAAGCCUUAGCAAGAAUCGAAGUGGAAGUUCUGGAUCUGAAUGACAACGUUCCAGAGUUUGAGGCUGAUUUCUACAACAUUUCUAUUGUGGAGAACCUGCCCACUGGCUUUAGUGUUCUACAGGUUAAUGCCGUGGAUCGAGAUCAGGGCGAAAACUCAGAGUUCCUAUAUAACCUUGUAGAGACCAAAGAUGCUACAGGUGCCUUUCGUAUCGACUCCCGAACAGGUUGGAUUACAGUGCGCGAUGAUCGGUUACUAGAUCGAGAGCAAAGGAGAUCCAUUCAACUGAAUGUGGAGGCUUUGGAAAGGAAUCCUUCAUAUCUGGAUGAUAAGCACUUAAAGAAGCCGGGACCCAGCAAAGUUCAAGUGGAAAUCACGCUGCUGGAUACGAAUGAUAAUACACCAAAGUUUGAUCAUGGAAAUCUGUAUGAGUUCAAGGUGCCCAUCAAUGCUCCUACGGGCUAUGUGAUUGGGAGAGUUAUCGCCCACGAUCCAGACGAGGGUCCCAAUGGUAAACUGCUUUAUGAACUGCAAAGGCCCAAAGGAAGUGGAUAUAUUCCUUUCCGACUGGACAACAAAAAUGGUACCAUUUAUGUGGGGGGUCCUCUAAGAAGAGGACGCAUCGCUGUCUUCGUAGAGGCCAGUGAUCAGCCAACCAAUCCCUCAGAAAGGCGAUUCUCUUUGGCAGUAAUUACCAUUGAAGUUUAUGCCACCAUCGAUGACCAAGCCAUAGAUUUUGUGGGUGCUCCUUACGAGUUCUGGGUGGGUGCCAGUACCCCCUUGGGAAACUCAGUGGGGCAGGUGCGCACUACUCUGAUCUACGAUGGAGAGGACGAGAUUAUGUACGAUCUGCUGCACACCUAUUCCGAAGGUGUUCCAUUUGCCAUCGAAGAGCGAUCGGGCAUUAUCACUGUCAUUCGGGAGUUAUCGGAGUUUAAACGUAAAGUUUACCAUUUCGAAGCUGUGGCCAAUUACCUGUUUGCCAACUCUUCGCAAUCAUUGGUCAUGUCGCGAAGUUCAUCACCAUUGACCACAAUAGCCUCGCCAGCUGAACUCAGCGAUGAAGGUGUACUCAUCACCAACCUCACCAUCCAUAUCGUUAACAAGCCAGAGCAAAAGGUGCCCUUGAGACCUGUCAUAGAGGAGAUCAACAUGAACGUGAUCAACUUCCAUGUGGAGGAAAACGUUGUUGGUGGCAUUAUUGGUCAAUUGCUCUACAAGAAUGGCAUCAAUCUGGUUAACAACGAACUGGGAACAUUCCGUGAAAUGCCAGCUGAGGGAACUGGACGUAAUCUCACCAUGGGUAGCAGAUUCCGUAGCCGCAACAGAAGUCGCAGUUCCAAGUCAAAGCGUCGUUUGCCAAGACGUCUCGUGGGAGAUACGAAUAUAAAACUUCGUUACAUCAUAGCCAACCAGCAGGAGGUGGUGAACAAGAUCUCCAUCACGGAGGAUGGAACUCUACUCACCUUGAUCGGAUUGGAUCGUGAGCAGCAACCCAGCUAUGAGCUAACUGUGAUUGUGGAGUACAGCACGGGACUGGUGAGUGGAGCCGGGAUUUACCAGGUGAACAUCAAGGUGGAUGAUGUCAACGAUAAUGCUCCCAAGUUCAAUGCCCUCACCUAUGUGGGUUUGAUCAAUGAAAACUGUGCCGUGGGCACGGAGCUAUCGAUGAACCACGCGAUACUCAUCCAGGAUGCUGAUGAGGCAGCCAAUGCAGAGUUCAGAGUGCAACUCCAAGGAGAUUAUAGCGAAGAGUUUAGCAUAGAAUAUGUGAAUGGUAGCUCCUUCGGAAAUACUACUCAACAUAAAAUGCCACCCACAACGGGAGCAUUCAACAUCUUCAACCUCACGGAUCAGUGGAACGAUGAGUUCAAGUACCAGGAGCUGCACACCACCUUUAUGCAGACGAACUUUAAGCUCAGCUCGGGUCCAUAUUUCCGUGUCAUAUACUCCGGGAAAAGAGGCUUGGAUCGUGAGAAACAGCAGCUGUACAAUCUGAAGAUAAUAGCCUCCGAUACUGGUGGUCUCUCGGGAUAUGCCCAUCUUACUGUUCUGGUCGCAGAUGUUAAUGACAAUGCUCCGAUGUUUGAACGCAUUUCGGUGUUUAAGGAUUCGCGUUUGGAGAUCCGUGAGUACACCACCGACAUGGAGAUUUACUUUGUAGAGAGCUCAAACAGCUUGACAGCACCUCAGGCAACGGCAGCCAUGAUGCUAGCGCCACCUCCUUAUCAUAUUCCUGGAUCACCAAGAUUUAACCACGAUCGUGAGAGAUCAGUGGGAGCAGGAUUGGGUGUGGUAGCUAGAGCGAAGUCACGCCGUAGAAUGGUGCGUGCCGUGUCAAUUAAGUGUCCUCUGUUUGCCAUCUACGAAGACACUCCUGUGGGUACGAAAAUCCUUCAACUGAGCGCCAGUGAUGAAGAUUACGGAAAGAAUGCCCAGCUGCACUAUGAACUCCACGGAGAACAGGUGGAGCGGACACCCGGAAUGCCCAUGUUGCGAGUUCAAGGAGUUCGAUAUUUCACAAUCGACAAACUCAGUGGAGAGCUAUCGGUCAACUAUCCACUUUCGGCCAACAUCGAGAUUUGGUUAAAUCUAACAGUGACUGAUAUAGAUGGUCUUAAGGACUCCGCUUGCCUGCGAUUCACUGUGAUGGAUGUUAAUAAUCAUGCUCCGACUUUCAAGAAGUCCUGGUACAGCUUCGAUACUGCAGAAGGGGAUUAUAAAGACAGCGUCCUGGGGCAACUGACCGCUAUUGACAUGGACUUUGGCGAGAAUGCCAAUAUUACGUAUACGCUCAGUGAUUCGCACCUACCAUUUACCAUUAAACCAGCCUCUGGAGUCCUGAAGAUCAAUGGACAGCUCGACCGAGAACUUAAGGACAAGUACAACUUCCAAGUGAUAGCCACAGAUAAUGCACCUAUCAUGCAGCGAAUGUCUAGCAGUGUGGAGGUGGAAGUUAAUGUCCUGGACAUCAACGAUAAUCGACCGGAGUUUAUUGGUUAUGAUGAUCAGACCAAGGCGGUCAAGUUUAUCCCGAGUGUGGCGGAUCGAACCAUGAUGUUGCCGGUGUACAAAGCUUAUCUCGAUCGAAGUACUCAACCGGGAACAUUUGUGAGGCAACUUACGGCCAUUGAUAAAGAUAAUGUUGGCAAUGGCAAUGGUCUGGUGUUGUACUCCAUUCGUCACCAGGAAAUGCAGGCUCCGCUAUUCCAAAUCGACUCCCGGGAUGGUACCAUCUCUACGAUAUCCCGUAUCAAUGGCUAUAAUGACUAUGAACAUUUGAAUGUUUCUGUCAUAGCCUCUGAUGUGGGCAGUCCAACGUUAUCAGCCACAGCUAUUGUGAUAGUCAAUCUGCAGGGACAGGCAGUUACGGAACCUCCGAAGUCCACCCCCAAGCCAGAACCACCUGCAAAUGUAACCGUUUUCCAACAUGCCUACUAUGAAGUUAAGCUCACGGAGAACAAUGAAGCACCCAUCGAGGUUAUGCGGUUAAAUCUGAGCUCUGGUCUCAAUCCGGAGAACUACCGGUGGUCACUGUGGCUGGAGGAGGGCUUAGACGAAACGGAUGCUCAUCCGCCCUUUGAAUAUGAUGCAAAGAAUAUGCUGUUGUAUGCUCUUAAACCCUUUGACAGGGAGCACAUAUCGCGGUAUCAAUUAAGAAUACGAGCAGAUCGGUUGAGUCGGGAAGCCAGAAAUUAUGCCAGGGUCUCAUAUCCAGUAGUGGAUGAACGAAUAGAAGGUCUAUCCCUGAAUGAGUGUCGAAUACUUGUCCACAUAGCGGAUGAAAACGAUAAUGCACCUAAGUUCCGAGGAAAUGGACAGCCGAUUGUAGCAGUUCUGCCGCAGAGUGCCAGCUUUGGCUACCCUGUAACCCGAGUGGUGGCCAACGAUUUGGAUGAGGGACUAAAUGCGGAGAUAAGCUAUCGAUUGCUGAACGAGCCCACUCGCCUUUUUGGCAUCGAUGAGGUAACGGGUAAUAUUCGACUUUUGGGUGAUCUCUCCCACGACGAACGCAUCUACGGUUUCGAUGUGAAGGCCACGGAUCGAAUGGGUGCCGAUGAUGGACGGAGUGGUAUCGUUAACGUCUUUGUGUACAUCAUCGAUGAGAGAAAGCAGGUCCGCUUGGUGGUGGCUGGAAUGCCCGUCGAGGUGGAACGUCGCAUUGAAGGACUGAUGGAGGCGCUCAGUGAUGCCAUUGGCAAGGAUGUGCGCGUUAGAUUGUUGGAGCCAUAUUCUGGAGGACUUGAAGCGGCCACCAAUGCCUACAUCUAUGCCGUCGAUCCGCACACGAAUUCCAUUAUGGAAAUGGAGCAACUGCAGGACGCCCUGGCUGGCCUCCAACUGGAUGCACUGCAGUUACAGCAGCAAAAGCUCGACGGCGGCAAACCCAUGCCGCGCAUUAUCGAACUGGCUGAAUUCGGACAGUCGGCCCGUCCCACACACGCCUCCGCAUCCAGUUUUAUGGGAGGAUUUGAGUUCGUGACAAUGGUUCUACUAACGCUGGUCAGCCUGGGGGCACUGAUGGCCGCUUGCUGCUACCUAUGCAUGCGCCAAAAACGACGUCUCUGGUCUCAACGUGAUUUUUCCUCCUCGGAUGCCGGUCUCACCUAUACCAUAGCAGGCAUCGGAUCUCCUCGUGGUCAGAAGCAGCGGCGCCAGAGGCAGCAGCGCCAUACACAGCGUUGUAGUAAGGGCAGCAGCACUGGCAGCCAGCGGCCCACCAGUGCCUUUAUGCCAGAGUCCGUCUGCUCCUCGGCGCAAACCCAAUCGACGGCCACUGCCACCGAGAAAUUGGAGCAGCAGUUGCACCAUCAUCACCAGCAACAGGCGUUGGCCACGCAGCAGCAACAUCAUCAGUACCUGAACGAGCAACAACGACAGCAGCAGCGUGAAUACAUUGACGUGCCUCUUCCCAAAUCCAUUGCCAAGGCAGCAGCAGCUGCGUCAAAUGGCGGCGAUGGAAAUGUGGGCGCCGGGAGCACUCCGUUUGUGUUAAAGUACAAUGCCUGCCAGCCGGUGAGCAAUCUAAACAAUUAUGAAACAUCGCUUUUCUCACUCCAUUCCACGGGCCAGGACUCUGGGGUGGAGUUCCUGAGCAGUCGCGAACUGUACGAGACCUCACCAGAUUCCUUUCAACACGGUGGCUCCAAACGCGGCAUCAAGCCCGAAGUACUCUGCCCCAGGCAUGCCAAGGCCCACUUGGAGCUGCGCCAGCCUCAUCCAAAUACAGACAGCAGUGACACUUACGAGGACUCGCUGAAGACUGAUGAGCCACUGGUGGCCCACAACUGUCGCAGUGCAAACUGCGAGCACCGCCAGCAUCAGCAGGUAACCAACCAGCAUCCGCAUUACCAGAAUACGCGGUUCGAGAAACGCUCCUGUGUGCGACACUCCUUCUCCGGGGUCAAGGAUGACCUUAUGCAGCAGUCGCCGCAGAUAUCUCUGCGCCCCCGGGGUCAUGCCCUCCGGAACUCGAUGAACGACCUAGAGCAGAGGUUGCACAACCUGGAACAGUCGUUCCGUCGCCCUCUCGAAUUUAGCAAAUCGAAUUCAUUGUUUUAGUUUUCCUUAGCUAGACAGAAACGCAGUGCAAUUUUUAGUUUAAUUAGCUUAGCUUAGUUGUUAAGAAACAAGUGCAAUAAAUCUUAGAG